AUGGCAUCCGACAAGGUGGUCUUCAGCCCUGCUGAUCGCAUAAAGGAACUAAAUGAGGUUGAUAAGGAUGUAGCUCAAAUACUCCAGUCUGCAGGACUCGCCAUCCAGUCACUUACCAACAGCGCAUCACAAGCCCCAGAGAUCUCAGAGACAAGUGGUUCACCUAUAGAAGGAUCUUUAGAUGCCCGUAAAAAGGCAUUCAAAGCUGCAUGCUCUCGGUAUUUUGCCCUUGUCUCGUCUGUAGACGUCAAACUACGCCGACAAGUCUAUGCUUUAGAAGAAGCCUCAAUAAUACGUGCAGAACCUACUGUUCCUUUGAAAACCGGGGAUGUUAUGGUUGGUGGGACGGGUACAGUUUCACAAUCGUCAUCUGGGACUGUUAACCCUCUGGAAACGAGCUGGCUGAACAGUCGAAAGGACACAGUAGGGAAAGACAAAGAGGCGGAAUUGUGGGCAGAAGCUAGCAGGUUUAUGAAGAGUGUUGCAUCCAAAGCGCAGAAUAAUGACGAUAAUCCAUCGGCACCUGCUGAUGCUGGUGGGAAACAGGCCAUGGACAUGGAUUGA